AUGGCCGUCGCCGCGUCGCUUCCCCCUUUCCGCUCGCCGUCCCCCGCCUCAUCCCUCUCGUCAUUUGCGCGCUCGCCGUCCCCGUCGAGCCCCCGCAUUCGCGCCAGCGCGUCUCCACCUGCCCAUCACUCGCCCCGCGCGAUCCGUCGCCCAUCGAUCGAGCCUAAAGAAUACAAGGACACGUUCAGUCUCUACACCAUGGACCCCAACAAGAGCCCAAAGCUCAAUGGCCACAGUCACGCGAGCACCAAUGGCUAUUAUGACGGCCAGCGCAAACGCGAAGGCUCGGUCAGCUCCAUAUCUGAAGACGAGGAGGCAUUCCGUCGCCGCAACCGCCAGGCGCGUUCGCCUCCUGCUGGCGUCGGCACGCUCCCCACCAUCCGCGCAAACGUCGAGGGCACCGCCGACGAGGAUCCUCUCCACGCGCCUCCUCCUGCUCCCUCUGCAGGUGCGGCACACGCAACCGUUAUUGGCCCGGACGGACAGCCGGUGCUCCGCCGCCGCCGCUCCUCCAGCAUCAAGGUCAAACCACCUCCCGGCGUAACGCCUCAAAAGGCUGUCGACUGGGAGAUUCCCCGUAAGGCGUUCCACUCGUCGAUCGGCUUCUUCACGCUCGUGCUCUACUACCUCGACCCACCGACGGUCCUGCCGCUCAUCAAAUAUCUGACCGUCGCCUGUGCUUUUAUCUUUACCGUCGACUUGAUCCGCCUCAACUCACCAGCAUUUGCCGAAAUCUGGGAGAUAGUGUGCGGCUUCCUCAUGCGCGUCGAGGAACGCAACAAGAUUAACGGCGUCGUAUGGUAUCUUGUUGGCGUCAUCUUUGUCCUCUACAUGUACCCGCGCGACAUUGCCGUUGUGUCCAUUCUGACCCUCUCGUGGUCUGACACGACCGCGUCCACAUUGGGUCGUCUGUGGGGCCGUCACACUCCGCCGCUCCCACCGCACUUCCCGGGCAUCAAGUUCCUGCCCUUCGCACCGCGCAAGUCGCUCGCCGGCUUCCUCGCUGCGUCCGUGACAGGCUUCCUCAUCGGGUACGGCUUCUGGCACAACGGAUCGACCGUCUACCACGACUGGCUUAUCCUCGACUCGGGUAUGCUUGGUCGCAUCGGCACCGCGCUCGUUGUCGGCGUCGGUGGUGCCGUCGUUGAGGCCCUAGACCUUGGCGUCGAUGACAACCUCACCCUCCCCAUCCUCUCAGGCGCCCUCAUCUGGGGUUGGUUCGAGAGCACAAACUACCUGCUCCGGCUCUAA